UUCCUUAAAUUACCACGAUGAUCGGCCGUCGAUAUCUUUUUUUGGUGGAAAACGCAACAAAAACUUGAAAAACAAAAAAGAAGAGAGAGAGAGAGAAAGAGGAGGGGAGGGAGAGAGAGAAGAGAGAUACUAGUAAAAAGGAAAGAACAGCAGCUUUGCAGCUGAAAUCUCUCACUCUCUCUCUCUCUCUCUCUCUCAACUUUCCCCUCUCAAUUUACUUCCGCAUUUGUGCUACAGCACCUUCCCCAAAGAAGAGAGGGAGAGAGAGAGAGGGAGAGGACUGGAGCGUACGUCGUUUGCAGAGUUUGCAGAGUAUAGAGUGCCAGGCCUCUCUGGUUCAGUCUGAUGGAUUCUUCUCUCUCUACUUUCUCUCUCAUUGAAGUUCGCUUCGUUUAUACGGCAACAGAUUAGACGGAGAGAGAGAGAGAGAGAGAGAAGAGAAAUACUCCAUUAAAAAGGAAAGAAUCCAACGCAACAAAUCUAUUCCUAUUUUACUCUGGCGGACCUCAAAGGAACCCUAGGCUUCCUCAUCUCCUCAAUCUCCUCUCGCAUAUCGAACCCUUUUGAUUUCAAAUCGAAAAAGAAGAAAAGGAAGAGAAGAGGGUUUUUCUACCCUGUGAAGAUGCUUUGGAUUAUGAGACUGUCAGGGUUUUUCUCCGCUGCGGUCGUGAUGAUCGUUCUCUCUCCCUCCAUGCAGUCCUUCCCACCCGCCGAAGCCAUCAGAUCGUCCAAUCUUGACACCUACUCUCCUCUCAACCGAUUCUCCUUCCGGAAAUCCUCCCCAUUCCGCAAUGCCGAAGAAUGCACCACUAUUCCCAUUAUCAAAUUGGGGAAAAAAUCAGGUAUCUGCGACCCCUCUCUCGUCCACGUGGCGAUUACGCUCGACGUCGACUACCUGCGCGGCUCAAUCGCCGCCGUGCAUUCCAUCCUCCGCCACUCCUUGUGUCCCGAAAGCAUAUUCUUUCACUUCCUCGUCUCUGAAACCAAACUCGAAACCCUAGUCCGUUCCACCUUCCCUCAGUUGAAAUUCAAAGUCUAUUACUUCGAUCCCGAAACCGUGCGGAGCUUGAUUUCCACUUCAGUAAGGCAAGCCCUAGAGCAGCCGUUGAAUUACGCGAGAAAUUACCUGGCCGAUCUGCUCGAGCCCUGUGUGCGCCGCGUUAUAUACCUGGACUCGGAUCUCGUGGUGGUCGACGAUAUUUCUAAGCUUUGGACGACGCGCUUACAGGGGAAAACCAUCGGAGCGCCGGAGUACUGCCACGCGAACUUCACGAAGUACUUCACGUCCAGUUUCUGGUCGGACGAAAGUUAUUCGGGCACGUUUUCGGGUCGGAGCCCGUGCUACUUCAACACGGGGGUGAUGGUGAUCGAUCUGGGUAAAUGGCGGCGGUUCGGGUACACGAAGCGGAUCGAGAGGUGGAUGCAGAUCCAGAAGAGCGGGGCGACCCGGAUCUACGAGCUCGGAUCGCUCCCGCCGUUUCUGCUGGUGUUCGCGGGCCACGUGGCGCCGAUUGACCACCGGUGGAACCAGCACGGUCUGGGUGGGGACAACGUGAGGGGGAGCUGCAGGGACCUGCACCCCGGUCCGGUGAGUUUGCUCCAUUGGAGCGGCAGCGGGAAGCCGUGGCUGAGGCUGGACUCCAAACAGCCGUGCCCGUUGGAUACGCUGUGGGCACCGUAUGAUUUGUACGGACAUUAGAAAUAUGGACUGGGGUUUCGACGGUAAAUUUCCUCCGGUGACUUCUUUUGUUCUUUCGGUUAUCUCAUGAUCAUCGUUUGUUACUCCACUAUUUGUUCCUCUUCUUUUUUUUUUUUUUGUGUUUUGAGUUUUUUUUUUUUUUUUUUGGGUUCUUUUAUCAUGUGGUUAGAUCACUGUCCAUCAUCUCAGGCGAUUUGUAUUCUAUUCGAUUAUUGGUUCUGUUGAAAAUAAAAAGAAAUACCGUAGGGGAUUAGUAGAUUCAAA